ACAACCAAGACAAGUAAACAGCAGCACUAGCUAGUAGAUUUCCCGAGUGACAGGUUGAGCGCAAGAUGGAGCACCAGGGACACGGCACCGGCGAGAAGAAAGGCAUCAUGGAGAACAUCAAGGAGAAGCUCCCCGGUGGCCACCAGCAGACCGCUGGCACCCACGGGCAGCAGGGACACACUAGAAUGACCGGCACGGAGAUGCAUGACACCACGGCCACCGGCGGCACCUUUGGGCAGCAGGGACACACCGGAACGACUGGCACUGGGACACACGGCACAGCUGGGACCGGCGAGAAGAAGAGCCUCAUGGACAAGGUCAAGGAGAAGCUGCCUGGACAGCACUAAGCCCGGUGUGCCCACGACCGCUACCUUCGCAGAAUAAUACUCCACCGUAUAUGAAUUGAUCGAGUCUAGUUCACCUAGCUCACUUGGUCAUUGGAGGAGCGAAUGUAUCUUUGCUUUAAGUUUUCACGGAAAUGUGUUCACUGUUUACGUUUGUUUA